GGUGCGUUCAUCCAGCUCAACAAAACGUUUCGGUUGCAAGCAAAACGUUUCUUCAGGAGAAGAUUACGAUUUUCUAGUGGACAAAAUUCUGAAAGGUUCUUCUUCUCUAUGUUGAUUAAACGUUUCGCUACUAAACCUUUUGUUUGAAGGAAUGAAAACUGACCCCGUAAUGUUUACGGUAUCCGGAAGUGUGGCAUCAACCAGCUAGGAUGAAAAUGAUUGGCAUGAUUUUCAUUUGAAGUACUAGAAGUAAUAGUUUGAUAUCAUACUCUUAGUUGACCAAAACGUCAUUAAACAUUGUCUUUGUCUGUGUUGUAAAUGGGAGAUCCUGGUAACUGUGAUGUCUUGUUGAAUUAUAUAAGUUAUACUGUAAGCGCUAGCCGGCUAGCUGGCUAACGCUAUUUAGCUACAGUACUAAAACAGUAUAUACUGUUUGUUUACCGUGAGCAUUUUCAUUGACACAAGGCUAACGUUACGUAUUGUAGCCACAACUAGUCUUGUCGCAUGGAUUAUUACAUUUGUUGAGUUUGAACCUAUAUAAUGGAUGACAAAUACAGCAGCAAUGUGCUUUCCAGUGGGAAACUGGGCAGGGUUGAAGUUCCGAAUGCCAGGCUAACCAGGUACAUAGUGUUACUACUGGUGUCCAAGUUGUUGAAGGCACUUGGAAUUUUUGAAUCAUAUGACCUUCUUAAAGUUGUCCAUAUUGUUCAGUUCAUCUUUAUUCUAAAAUUGGGGUGUGCUGUGAUUUUGGUGUUCUUUCAAAAACCAUUUUCUUCUGGUAAAGCAAUUUCAAAAAGACAGUGGAUCAAACUCCUUAAACAUGCUGUCAUCAGCUGUAUAAUUUCCCUUCUGGGAUUCUUUGGUCUCACUCUCUGUGGACCUUUAAGGGCGUUAUUGCUAUUUGAGCACAGUGAUGUGGUGGUCAUCGCGCUCCUUAGUGUUCUAUUCACAAGCUCAGGUGGGGGCCCCUCCAAGACUAGAGGUGCUGCUCUCUUCAUUGUUGCUGUCAUCUGCCUUCUCCUCUUUGACAAUGAUGACCUCAUGGCAAAGAUGGCUGAACAUCCUGAAGGUCACCACGACAGUGCCCUGACUCAUGCUCUCUACACUGCUAUUGCAUUCUUGGGUGUGGCAGAUCACAAGGGUGGGGUUGUUUUAUUGGUAGUGUCCCUCUGCCUGAAGAUUGCCUUCCACACAGCUUCUAGGAAGUUGUCCAUAGAGAUUGGUGGAGCCAAGCGCCUCUACGCUCUGGAUAACCUGGUGUCCUCAGUUGUCCUGCUGCCCUGGGUUAUAGUGCUCUCAGCAACCACAGAGAGCAAGGUGGAGUCAUGGUCGGCUCUUAUCCUACCGUUUGGGAUGAUCAUCUUCUCGGUCAUGAUCCUAGAGUUCUAUGUAGAGUCCAUAUGCCUCACCAAAAUGGAGGCUCCAAGGUGUGCCCGGUACAGCUCCAUCUUCCUCUUCCUCAGUGGGUUGCUGCUUGCCAACUUCUGGACCCAUCCACUAACAGACCAGCUUCGGACCAUGAGCAAGCCCCACCUGCAAGACAGCACAGAAACGGAACACGUGCUGUCUGGAGGUGUGCUGGUCAGCGCAGUCUUCUUCAUCAUGGCUGACAGUAUUUUGUCAUCCCCUUCAAAGAAGGGUCAAAAGGGGACCCUGGUUGGUUAUUCCCCAGAGGGAACCCCUCUCUAUAACUUCAUGGGGGACGCCCUGCAGCACACAUCCCAGUCUCUGCCCCACUUCAUCAAAGAAUCCCUUAAACAGAUCCUGGAGGAAUAUGAUUCCAGACAGAUAUUCUAUUUCCUGUGUCUCAAUCUGGCUUUCACGUUUGUCGAGCUCUUCUAUGGUGUCUGGACCAACAGCCUGGGCCUAAUCUCUGAUGGCUUUCACAUGCUUUUUGACUGCUCUGCUCUGGUGCUGGGCCUUUUUGCAGCCCUCAUGACACGCUGGAAAGCAACCAGGAUAUUUUCUUAUGGAUAUGGCCGAGUUGAAAUUCUUUCUGGAUUCAUCAAUGGCUUGUUCCUCAUGGUCAUAGCUUUCUUUGUGUUUGUGGAGUCGGUCACACGGCUCGUAGACCCUCCCAACAUUAACACUGACAUGUUGACACCUGUGUCAGUUGGUGGACUCCUCGUCAACCUGGUGGGUAUCUGUGCUUUCAGCCAUGCCCACUCUCACGGGGCCGCUAAAAGCAACUGUUCAUCACAUGACCAUGGCCACUCCCACGGGCACGGGCACAGCGAGCACAACCACGGGCACUCUCAUGGGGGACAUGGUCACGGUGGACAUGGGCAGAGCGGUCACGGGCAUAGUCAUGGAAGCAGCCAUGGCCACUCUCAUGGUGGAGGAAUGAACGCCAACAUGAGAGGUGUGUUUCUGCACGUGCUGGCUGACACACUGGGCAGUGUUGGUGUAAUCAUCUCCACAAUCCUCAUUCGUCAGUUUGGUUGGUUGAUCGCUGAUCCCAUCUGUUCCCUAUUCAUCUCCACCCUCAUCUUCCUCAGUGUUAUACCCCUGCUGACCGACGCCGCUGAGGUCCUCCUUCUGAGGACGCCUCCGGAGCAUGAGAAGGACCUCAACAUAGCCCUGGAAAAGAUCGAAAAAGUAGAAGGUGUGCUGUCUUACCGUGACCCUCACUUUUGGAGACAUUCAGCCAGUGUGGUCGCAGGAACCAUUCACCUUCAGUUGAUGUCGGGUGUGGUGGAGCAGAGGAUCAUACAACAGGUGACUGCCAUUCUGAAAGAUGCUGGGGUGAACAACCUGUCUGUCCAGGUGGAGAAGGAGGCCUAUUUCCAACACAUGUCUGGCCUUAGUACUGGUUUCCAUGAGGUUCUGGCAAUGACACAACAAAUGGAAUCCAUGAAAUAUCUGAAAGAUGGAACAUGUAUCAUGUAACUCUGUUUGGGACCAAAUAUAAUUAAUACAUUUUAUUCUGUCUUUUUUCAUUGUAUGUAUGCGGUUCUUGUGAAAUAAAAAUGGAAUAUAUACGUUUUA